AUGGCUCCUGACAAAAGCAAACGGAAUGCUCCUGUUGCCAAUGAUUCGCAACAGACCAAGAUUCACCCAUUCUUUGUCAAGCAAGCACCAAACCCUGUCGCUGAUCCUGCAGCUGUUCCGGAUGGUGACAAUCUCGAUCAACCUCUACACACAACACCAGCAGCAACGACAACAGCAAGUUCCUCGACAAUAAUCAUUGAUGAUACGACUGGACCAAGAAGAAGUACUAGAAGAAAGUCAAAUGUCGACCCACCAAAAUCAACUACAGAUGCAGAACAAAUACCAGUAAUAGAUCUAGUAGAUCCAUCUGUGAUGGAACAAUCACUCGAGCUAUCGAAAUCUCUGUCCCCAGACUCGAAACUAUUAGCUACAGGAGACUUUUUCCUCAAUGCUGAACAGAAAAAGGAAAAGAAACGAGCAGAAGCUCGCGUCCAAAUGAGACGAGAAAUGGUUGAUCGAAACGAAACUAUGGCUUCCUUGAGCGCUGGACGUCAAUUAAAUCCCUUCUUUCUCCCUAAAAAACCAUCCCCCGUACCAACCGAUAAUGGAACUAGUAAUGGUAGUCUGUCGCCAGUCACAUUGCUCGAGGUCCCUUGGCCAUCGCAAGGAAAUAGUCAUGUUACUUCUCUGACAUCACCACCAUCAGCGCCUAUAUCUAUAACACGCUUUAAACCACUAAAACAAAAGAGCUCUGAGCCAGCCAAUACUCAAUGGUCGUUAGGAAAUUUAGCUAGACCCACUAUAGUCAAUAAUGAUGCCGCACCAAUGCAACCAAACGUCAAGAUGACUAAAGGAGAAGUAACUUCUUAUCUGGCAUCCCUAUAUCCCGAUGAGAUAUUACACACCGGUGCUUAUGUUUCUUGCAUGAAGCACGUCCUAAAGUCACCUUGCAACCAACCCACUGAUACUUUAUUGACAGAAAAGUACAAACCAACUGCAAUAAACGACAUACUAGGCAAUCAGGCAGCCGCUCAUGCAUUGUCCGAAUGGCUGUCGAAUUGGGAGCCUAUUGAUCUUGGUAAAAAGAGAUCUUCUACCCAUAGUCCACAAAGGAAGAAGAAAAAGAUUCGUACAAGAUGGGACGACGACGACUUGGACGACUUUGUAGUUUCUGACUCUGAUGGAGGCAGCGACGCAGAAAAGGUACAACUCUUUGCCUCUGGAAAGAGUCCUGCCAUCUUGUUGGUGGGCCCUCCAGGUAGUGGUAAAACAGCAAUAGCCUAUGCAGUUUCUCAGGGGUUGGGUUAUGACAUACUGGAAGUACACGCUGGUAUGAAACGUGGUAAAAAGGAAUUACUACAAAUCGUAGAAGCUACUCAGAGUCAUCAUGUUUCCAAGGAUGGGUCAAACGACGUCUGGGCAUCCCUGUUCAAACAAAAUGGUAGCGUAGAUAAACAGGAUGCGCCAACAAAGUCGAAAAAGGCCUCUCGGAAAUCUAGUCUGCCCAAGAUUACCCGCAAGAGUGGCAACACUAGUAGUAAUAGUAGGACCAGUCCAUCGAAGACCAGUAAGGGUAGAAGGAAGAAGACCAAAUCAUUUGAUGAAGAUGAGAAGAAAUCUGAUUAUGAAGCCAAGGACACCGAUGAUGACGACUUUCAAGAAACCUCCGCAUCGCCGCCUCGUAAAUCACGGAAAAAGUCAAAGAGGAGAAUAAGUGAUGAAGAUGAUUCAGAAUCCCCGCCUCAAAUAGAGCCUGAAGUAAUCGAAAUAAAUCCCGAUACCAUACCACACACCAGAAUUCUCAAUGAGGAUACGGAAAUGGCUGUCGCAAUCCAGCUCUCACUGGCUCAUCAAAUGGGAGUCGAACAUAAUGAAUCUGAGAUUAUCGCAGAAGUGCUGAAAUCCCAAGCAAACGCCACCACUCCGAAUAAUAAUAAUAGUAAUAACAGCAACAGGAGGUCUCUGAUUCUCAUUGAAGAUGCAGAUGUUGUAUUUGACCAGGAUAAAUCAUUCUGGCAAGCUGUAUCUACCCUGAUUGAGACCACCAAAAGGCCUAUCAUCCUUACAUGCAACAUCAAUCCUCUUGAUUAUGCUAAUGAGUGUGCUCGUCCUCUUACGAAUCUGACUCAGUACAUUGCUCCAUUGUGGGUGGUGCGACCUUCUACCAUGGAGUUGGCUAGCUACUUGCACUUGGUGACUCUGGCGGAAGGCAUUUGGGUCGACUCGAAGAGUCUGGUGGAUUUGGUGACUGAAUGUGAUAAUGAUAUUCGAAAAUGUCUUUCACAAGUUCCGUGGAAGUGGUCUUCUCUGCCUCUUUUUCAACUUGAACCAGAUGCUGAUAUAGUUGAUUUGACUACGGAAUCUGUGUCUAUGUCAUCAACCUCUGCUAUAAAAGUGAAGAACAACAACAAGAUACCCUCAACAGAGACGCUUGAACUCUUGUCCUUUGUUGACGCAUAUAUUGAUGGUGGACGUGUUCGACACUUUGAGAUAUAUGAGCCAGACACAUAUGAGUAUCCUGAUUCCGAAUUUGCUCCUUCUUUUCCUAUAAUCACGAAACAAGCAAUGGAUGUAGGCAUACGAGAGUCUCUGAAGUAUAUGUGUGGUCGAGAAGAGGAUAUACAUCUCGAUUUGAUGCAUGCUUUGGCUGGUGGCAUGGAUGACGCACCGGCUUGUCUGUCAAUCAACUUUAAGGUUGAGUUUGAGUGUCUAUAUGAGCUGGUCUCCUCCUCGACUCUAUAUGGCGCCCCAAGGGCUCUGGCUACUGACUAUGCACCUAUGGUAUCUUUGAUUUGUAGGUAUGAUGUGGAUCCGGAGGAAGGGGUAUUACCUGAUGAACCUGAAGAAGGUUCACGUCGUAGUUCCCGUCAAGCUGGAAAACGAAAGAGAAGGUAUGCACCAAAUGGUCACUUUCUGUUUUCGGCCUCGUAUAUUGAGUGUGAAGAGUAUAGUUUAUUUGUGAAUGUGCUGAAUGAAGUGUGA